AUGACAUCAUUAAGUGGCCAUGUUUCGUCUCAGAUAAUUCUACGUCCAUUUCCACCACUUUUCAAUGCAGCACGUAACCGCCCCAUCACCAGUAGUCCUUCAGUCAGUACCUGUGGAAUCCCGUCCAGAAAUGCUUAUUGUAAGAGUUCUGUGUUUGCUGUGUCUGUUGAACAGUGUACACAGGACUUCUGUGUACAGACUUGCCCCUACAGGACAGCCUUACCCACCCCUGUCAAUCUUCUCAUCGUCACCAGCCCUGACCAAGGACAAUGCAUCGCUGUGGAUACUGUAAACACCAAGCCAGGGAGUGUGACGGGAGAGAAAUCUACCUUUUUCGUGAUGGAAGGGGUACACUGUUACCUUACUCCUGUAGAAACUCCUGUCGUGGGACCUGAGGGAUCUAUCACCAUAGCAGUCUGGGUCUGGCAGCAGGAAGAUAAUUCUGGGACCCUGUUACAGAAAGUGUCAUCCAGUACACAGGAGAUCAUCCUUGAGCUACAGAUAUCAAAGAUUGGUGUGGCCUUCACCUUCAGAAGCAAUGCGGGUGUCUCCACUGUAACUUUACUGGAAAGUUUACCUCAGAGAACAUGGAUACACCUGGCUAUACAGGUGUAUUUAACAACACUGAGUUUUUACCUGAACGGUCCAGGCCCUGGCUACACUACAGCAAGGACUCUGGACCUGGGCAGUCCUAUACUGGACGGUCAAGGUGAAGCUAGAAUUGGUCAGACUUUGUCAGGAACAAACCAGUUUUUAGGAAGGAUUCAGGACUUUGUGUUCUUUGAUGUUACACUGACAAACAGGGAAAUCUCCCAGUUGUACACAGGGACCUUGCCUGAGACUCGCGCCCAGAGCGAAUGUCUCUGUCCACCGUCUCAUCCUCGCAUUAAACCAAACCAGGAACACUACUGUAUUCCCAACGGUGUCCCCGACAACCAGGGCGACACUGAACUACGCCUGAACAACCAGUCACACAACCUCCAGUACAUCAAUGACGGUGACACUCGCUCUAUCUGGAUCUCAAAGUUUCAGGACACAGCGAACAUCACUGUGGAUCUUGGAGAUAAAUUCCAGGUGUUCUACAUUGAGCUGCUGUUCUACAGCCCCAUGCCCAAGGCUGUGUCAAUAGAACGCCAGAAAAACCUGACAUCUUCCUGGGAAAUGUGGCAGAUGUAUGCCGAGAACUGUUUUGAUUACUUUAAACAGCCUGACAACGGACCUUUAACUUCAUCAACAUCUGUCAACUGCAUCAAGUUUGGCACGAGAGUAGAGGAUGUGCCAUAUUCUAAGGGUAAUAUUACAAUGAGUCUGCUGGCUUCUGAGCCUGUGGCACGGCCUGGCUACACCGACUUCUACAACACACCCGAGCUGCAGGACUUUGUGGAGGCGUCGCGCAUACAUAUCCAGUUUAUAGAUCACUACUAUGUCAAUACCCUGAGACACGAGUAUUACGGAGUGUACGAGUUCAGUGUCACAGCAAGAUGUGUGUGCAAUGGGCAUGCAUUUGACUGUGACACUUCUGUUCUUCCAUACAAGUGUAACUGUACUGCGGAUAGUCACACCAUUGGAGAUAAGUGUGACCAGUGUGACCCUUUGUACAACAGUAAACCAUUCAGGAAGGGUGACCAGAUCAAUGCCUACAACUGCAAGGCUUGUCAAUGUUACGGUCACGCCUCUAGCUGUGUGUAUGACAAGGACCUUGACCUUUUCCCAGCCGACCAUGACCUUGGUGGGGGUGGGUUGUGUGUCAACUGUCAGCACAACACUGCGGGGCGGUUCUGUGAUACCUGUGUGACUCUCUACUACAGACCUGUGGGCAAGAGCAAGUUUGACGAGGAUGUGUGUACUAUGUGUCUCUGUGACAAAACAGGCAUCCUUGGCUUCAACACAGACUGUGAAAAGGAGGGGGGCCAGUGUCGUUGUAAGAGCAAUGUUGGUGGACGUCGCUGUGAUGAAUGUAAGCCAGGAUUCUACAAUCUCAACUCCUCCAACCCAUUUGGCUGUGCAUCCUGUGGUUGUGAUGUCCAGGGGACAGUUGCGGCAAACCAGUCCUGUCACGCAAUCACAGGCGACUGCUUCUGUAAACCAAACGUCAGGAAUGCUAAAUGUGAUGCGUGUCAGUACGGGUUCUACAACCUUACUUACGACAACCCGCUGGGUUGUACCUCUUGUCAGUGUAAUCCACAAGGAUCCACCUCCAGUUUCUGUAACUCCCAGACUGGUAUGUGCAGCUGUAAGGAUAACAUAGUAGGUCGUCAAUGUGAUCAGUGUGCUCCAGGCUUUCAUGAUUUUGCCCAGGGUUGUCUCCCCUGUCAGUGUAAUGUCCAGGGUACGGUAGAGGACACGUAUUGUGACGUUGUGACUGGCCAGUGUGUUUGUAAGAUCAACACCCAGGGACAGCGGUGUAGCGAAUGUCGGGAUGGUAGUUUUGGGUUUGGAGCAUCAUCUGUGAAAGGCUGCUAUGACUGUACUUGUAACCUGGCAGGCACACUCAACAGCUCAUUGACCUGUGACAAGACCACGGGCAGCUGUAUGUGUAAAAACAAUGUAGAGGGCACUAACUGUAAUGUGUGUAAGGGCAACACUUUCGGCCUCACCAUCACCAACCCAGAGGGCUGUGAGCCAUGCAAUUGUGAUCCAUCUGGAACCCAGGGAGGAAGUCCUGGUGGGGUCAGCAGUGACCUCUCAUGUAACCAGAACACGGGUCAAUGUACCUGUUUGGCCAAUAGGAUUGGGCGCCGCUGUGAUGACUGUGAUAAGGGAUAUUACUACAACCCUGACCCGGGCGUUGGGUGUAACAGCUGUGGUUGUAAUAUAGCAGCCACAAUCCCACAGACCUUCUGCGAUUCACAAACUGGGCAAUGUCAGUGCAAGGGGGAUAACUCAGGGGUUAUUGGCAGAACCUGCUCUGAAUGUAUGGAAGAAUUCUACCAGUUUAACUCUUUAACAGGAACGUGCUCCAACUGUGAUUGUUCCCCUGCUGGGACUGUGAAUAAGACUCAAACCUGUGACCCUGUGUCAGGCAACUGUAUGUGUAAGAUAUUCGUCACAGAACGGAGGUGUGAUACCUGUACCGCUGAUGCUAGUUUCCUGGAUAGGGCAAAUCCCUAUGGCUGUAGUAAAGAACCCACCCAGCAGCCACCACCGUCACAUGACCAGAUCAACUCCACCACCCUGAAGCUGAUGUGGCAACAGCCGGACUAUCCCAAUGGCAUCAUCAUACAGUACAAACUCUACAGAAACGGCACACUGGUGUUUACUGGGGGAGCAAAUGCAACUGAAUACAUGGACGUAAAGUUGGCAGCGUAUGUGCGCUACACUUAUGUGGUGGAAGCAACAAAUGACUUUGGCAGUGUCCUCAGCUCACCGGUAACAUUCCGCACCCUACCUGGUAGUCCAACAGGUAUGGUCAUUGUUUACAUCACCAAUGUCCAUUCCAGGAGUGCCUCUUUCUCCUGGAACCAACCUGUGAACAUGAAUGGCCCCCUGGUCAACUACAGUGUGACAGCAUCCAGUCCUAGCCGGCCAACACGAGCUGUCCAUUGGACCGGUCUAAGUCGCCAGGCCAACGUCACAGAUUUUGUACCAUUUACAAAUUACACCAUCAUUGUGGAAACAUGUACACCCGGGGGAUGUCUGGACAGCUGGCCUGCUAUGUUUUUAACCAAGUCUGAUAUGCCUUCCGGGAUGAUGGAUCCUAUCAUCACAACCCUCAGUGAAACAGAGCUUCUCAUCAGCUGGCAACCACCCACAGAGGCUAAUGGUGUGAUAAUAUUCUAUGAGUUAUGGAUUCGAGGCUACUCUAUUAACGGGACACGUAACCCUCUAGAGACGAGGAUUUUCCAUCCUAGUGGACAAUUUAACCCACGCCCUACUCUCUCCCCACAAGAAAAUGUCCUACCUCCCCCGGAUACAUCAUUUAAGGUGACUGGACUCAACCCGUUUUCCCUGUACGAAUUCCAGGUGCUUGCUGAGAACAGUGUGGGUAAGGCCGCAAGUGCCUGGGUGAUGGCCAGAACAGGAGAGGCCCCACCCCUGUUUACUCCCGCCCCUACCGUAACCCCGGUCAGCAGUACAGAGUUACAGGUGAAAUGGACGGCCCCCACUAUGGAGGAAUCACGUGGCACAAUACGGUCAUACCUGCUAUAUUACCUGAAGAAAAGCAAUCUCACUGCUCAUCCCUUUGCUCCCCCUUUUAUCUGGACAUUGCUUAGUAACACGAGUGGAGAUACGAUGACCCAUGUGGUGGACCAACUGAAAGCCUACACUAACUAUACAUUCAUGGUCGGUGCCUGUAACAGCAUGGGCUGCAUCAACAGCACUGAGGGAUAUGGCUUCACGCUCCAGGAUGCUCCUAGAGUGAUGGGUAAGCCUGCCGUAGCCAGCCUCAACUCCACUGUCAUACAGGUGGCGUGGGCCCCACCCCUUUACCCAAAUGGACCAGAGCCGCAGUACUCUGUACAGAAGACCACACCUGCCCUCAGCUUCCCCCCACAGGUGGUGGCAGGUACCAGAUUUCCCGGGGGAGGAUACUAUAAGUUCCCAGCAGAAACCAUACCCUCCAACGUAGGGUUUACAGGUAUCCAGCUGUGGUUCCGUACUAGACAGCGAGAUGGGCUGCUGUUGUAUGCAGCUUCGGCUGGCAAACAGGAGGAGUUCUUGGCUCUACAGUUCCGCGCAGGGAGGCCAUGGUUCUUGUUUGAUCCUCAAGGUUGUGUAUCAUACGUAGAAAUAGAUCCCCAAUCUGAUAGUGACCGUACCUAUGACGACAACACCUGGCAUUUCCUGGAAGCUGUGCGAGAUGAUGAAUAUGCUGUUAUCACCAUUGAUAAUGAAUUUAAAGGGCGCAGAGAAAACCGGUGUGCCAGUGGAACCAUCAUCGGACCAAGCUCCGGAUUAUACGUUGGCGGUCUACCCACGGACUACGUUAUACGGAGACAGGAUGAUGACACUCGUGUACAGAUUAUCCGUCAGGGGUUCCAGGGGUGUAUACGAGACAUCAUGAUCUUACACCAGGUGUAUCCUGUGGAGGUGUGGAAACCGCUCGACUGGAACACUGCCGAGACAAAUGACCUUGCCUACUUCAACUGGCAGGGUUGUCCCAUUAACCUGGACCGAGGGUACCAUUUCCAGGGUCAGGGUUUUAUGACCCUCCCCAAUGAUUACUGGACUCUUGGGGACAGACAGGAACUUCGUUUCUCCUUCCGAUCAGACAUGCACACAGGACUUCUAUUCUUCACACAUGGAGGGCCUGGAGUGUAUGCAUUUGUUGCACUUAUAGAUGGUUCUGUGUAUUUUGAAUUCUCCAAUAAUGUUGCUACAGGAGGUGUUACAUUAAAACCCACUGACAAUGAUUUUUGUGACGGGAGGUGGUAUGAUACCUUGAUAUACAAGAACAACCAGGAAGCAACGAUAUCUUUAUCGAAUGGUGGAGGAACAGCAACUCAAGGGGAUCCUAACUUCAAGCUGAAGGUCCAACCCAUAUCAGACCUGUUUGUGGGUGGAAUACCUGUUGAUUCUGAUGCAUACAAUUUCAUUAUAAGACACAAACUCUCAGCACCAUUGGAGGAGUUUGGUGGAUGUCUGGCCGAUCUGAGGAUUGGAGAGUUCAGUCCUUACUACCUGGUUUACAUGAACGCAAUCUCCCUUGUGAAGAUUGUAGAAAAUGUGAACCUAGACGGCUGUACGCCCUACCAUCUCCCUGCUGUAACCUGUCGUGAUGACGUCGUGGAGUACAUCUACAACGGCACAGAGACCACUCAUCUUGAUGCCGACCUUCACCCUUACUCAGAUUAUCUGUACAGAGUGGUGGCAAGCAAUGAUGCAGGCUGGGUGUCCAGUUCCUGGGGUUACGGCCAGACCAAAGAAGGGGCCCCUAUUGGAGUGAAGCCCCCUUUUGAAGUAAAAGUAUUGUCCGGAUAUGUGAUUACUGCCCGCUGGCAGAGUCCUCUCAUUACCGCAGGUCUCCUCACCAAAUACAUCCUGCUGGCGUAUGACCGAAAGAGUCCUAAAGUACCCCCAGUACAGGAAGAGUUCACCAUUGACAAGAUGUAUGGGGAGAUAACGACAGCCAUCCCAAGCACCAACUACUCUGUGAGGGUGGUUGCCUGUACUGGAGGGGGGUGUAGUGAAAGUUCCACCGGUGUCAACGUCACCACCAAGGAGGAAGCCCCAGAGGAAGUUCCAACUCCUACUGCUGUUGCCGCGACAACCUUCCUUACCGUAUACUGGGACAUUCCGGGCCGGCCCAAUGGCGUCAUCACUGGCUACUUCCUCUACCAAGAUGGCCGCCAGAUCUACAGUGGUGGUCAACGAUUGUUCAACAUCACUGGUCUACAGGUGUACACUUCCUACCAGUUCUAUGUCCGAGCCUGUACACAGGUAGGGUGUACAGAUGGACCUGCCACUCUCCUCAGUACAGCCCAGCUCCCCCCUCAGUUUGUAAAGCCUCCUGUCCUAGUGGCUUUAGGUACAACUCGUGUGGACGUACGCUGGGAGAAGCCGGAACAGAUGAAUGGUGUGUUACAGCGUUACCUAUUGUACCUGUCCACAGAGGCCAACUUUAUCGGUGAAGUUGUCUACAACACCUCAGACUUCUUCACCAACUAUAUUGUCCCCGAUCUGACUGCUGGUACCACCUACUUCAUUACCCUCUCUGCUUGUACUAUGGGAGGGUGCACCCUGAGUACAGUGAGUGAAGUGCUGACAGAGGAGAGUGCCCCUGAGGGAGUGCCUGACCCAGUCAUAACCUCGCCCUCCCCAACAGAAAUCAUAGUCACAUGGGAUGUUCCUUCACUUCCGAAUGGUCACAUAGUGCGGUAUGAGCUGUACCACAAUGAGGUCCUAGUGUACCAAGGGAUGACAAUGACCUACCAGGUCACAGGUCUCCUGCCGUAUAGUCUCCACACAUUCAGGGUCCGGGCCUGUACUAUCCAAGGAUGUGGCUCCAGCCUCAUGGUGGACGGACGCACACUCGAGGCAGCUCCACAGGGCUUCAUCGUCAUGACAAUGGAGGUGGAAGGUCCACGUACUGUGAAGGUCAGCUGGAACCCUCCAAGUGAGCAGAAUGGAAUCGUCUAUUACAGUGUCAACUUUGACGGGUCAUUCUAUGCUGAUCCAGAAAACUGGGACUAUGCUGUAAUACAGGAUGCCAGGAGUCUAUUUUACGGAACCAAUCAUUCCCAGUCAAUCUCCAUCACCGGCCUCAUUCCCAUGUCAUCUUACGACAUCCAAGUCAACGCCUCCAACACUGGGGGAUAUAUCCUCUCCAACAUACGUCGUGCUGACUUACCUCAAGGCUCCCCUGAUGGAGUAAAGCCACCCAACCUGUUGUCUGAGUCCCCCUCCAGUAUCACAGCUAUGUGGGAGCCAGUCGGACGUGAAAAUGCCCAGGAAUCACCUCAGUUUGUCUUACAGUUCCGCAAUCUGAACAACGAUACCAUGGUGGAAGAUAUAUUUGGUCCUACCACUUCCUUCAUCCACACCACGAGGGACCUUGUACCUUACACUGUGUAUGAGUUUCGCAUGAAGGCGUUCAACAGUUACGGCUACACGCUGUCCAACUGGAUCUCUUACCGCACACUACAAGACAAGCCUGGUAGCUUUGACCCCCCAUUGAUCGCGGCUGUAGGAGCUCGCUACAUUGACCUCACCUGGCAGCAUCCACUGGAGGCUAAUGGAGUCAUCAAAGAGUACAAGGUUUACCAAAACAAUGUGUUCAGGAUCUUGGUGCUAGGCAAUGACACUAGUUACCGUGCCAUUGACCUUGACCCCUUUAUCUUGUACAACUUUGCGCUGGAGGCGUGUACUGAGGGUGGCUGUUCCCGUACAAAUGACUCCAGUACUGUACGGACAUUGGAGGAUGUACCGGCUGGUUUUGAACCACCCACAGCAAUAUCUUUGACACCAACUUCUGUUGAGAUUAAAUGGACCGCCCCUCUGUAUCCCAAUGGCCUUGUGAGUGCCUAUGAAUUGGAGCGGCUGGCCAAUGGGUCGGAGAAUAUCUACUCCAUCCGGACAGUUUUGCCCACAUCUACCAUGGUGUAUAUCGAUGAUGCGGCAGAGCUGUCCCCAUUCACCACAUAUUUCUACCGUGUCAAGGCUGUUAACGGAGCUGGGUCCACCGCCAGUGACUGGGCAACUAUCGUGACCAUGUCCUCAAGACCAACUGGCAUGUUACCCCCCAAUGUCCAGAUUCUGGGGCCUCGUGCUAUGCGUAUCACAUGGCAAGCCCCGCUGAAGCCGAAUGGCCUCCUGGAGAUGUAUGUGGUGCGCUUGCCAGAGCCGCGACAGGAGAUCAGAAACACCAGUGUGAUGUCACUCAACAUGACUGACCUUCUUCCCUUCAGUACAUUCUCUGUAACUGUUACUGCAUGCACUGAUGGUGGUUGUACUGAGAGCCCUGCAGUCAGCGUGAGGACUGAUCCCACCAUCCCUGAGGGUCAGGCCCCACCCAUUCCCCACCCUGUGUCACAGAAUAUGAUAGCCAUAGCAUGGCAGGGCCCUGGACUAGCAAAUGGUCCUAACAUCAGAUUUGAACUGUCACGCAUGAAGAUUCUGCAGCCCCUCCUAACUAAUCCUGUGGGUUUGAACGUGUGGAGCAGUGUAUUUAUCGGGACAGUGACGUACUAUGAGGACCGGGGUCUUCCAUUGUUUACCACGUUCAAAUAUAGAGUAACUGUCUACAACGAUGUUGGUCAGCUGACCAGCGAUGCUUCAAGGGAGGUAACUACUUAUGGUGGAUUCCCAAGGAAAGAGGCAAACGUGACUGUGGUUCCACUGGAUCAUGUGACUCUCCAGGUGGACUGGGUGACCCCAAGUGUGGUAGACCUACAGGGAUCUGUUACAGUGUUUACAUUGGUGGCUGUGGGCAAGAUGAGGACCAUCAAACAAGACUACACCCCUGACACUCACGGGAUUCUGCUCCAGAACCUUACACCCAACACUGAGUACUCCAUCACUCUCACCAUUACUAUCCAUGGUGAUGCUCAGAUCACCAGUCUACCUGUGGUGGCACAGACCUUGGACGGAGCUCCUGAGGGUUUAGCCAAACCCAGCCUGACUGUUGUCAAUGACACAGCUCUGAGAGUGGCCUGGACCAACCCUGUCAAGGCCAAUGGGGAGAUCACCGGCUUCAACAUCAUCAUCAACAACAACAAAAUACCAACAGGCAUGGUGACUGCGGGGUCAAAGGUCAUCACUCAACUUCUACCCUAUACUAUCUACACUGUCAAGGUGGAGGUGUGUACUGUGUUUGACUGUACUACCAGUGAGUCUCUACUGGUCACAACUGCCGAGGCCCUUCCUCAACAGUUCACCCCCCCUUCUGUGACGGCCCUCAGCUCCAUAUCUGUCCAGGUAGACUGGACAUCUCCUGAACGAUCCAAUGGAAUCAUUCUACGAUAUGACCUCUUCCGCAGCACCAUCAAGCAGUGCUCAGAAAUACCCCCAGCUACUGUGAGUCCUGAGAUCACCAAAUGUACCUACAUAAUGUGUGACAUCUUGGAGAACCUGUGUGGGGGAGUGUGUUACUCUGGCCCCAAGGUGUGCUGUGACGGGGUUCUACAUGACAGUCAGCUGGGCUUCGACUGCUGUGGAAGGGAUUACACAGCCAAACAGAGCCCCGACGACAUCUGCUGUGGUGGACAGUUUCACAGGAAGAUCAAUGAUUACAAGUGCUGCAAAGACAGGUAUGUGAGGGUCCAGACAGGGGAGGUUUGCUGUGAGGACAAGUAUGAGGACCGUAUCACAGUCGGGAUUGGGGAUAAGUGCUGUGGGUCUGUACCCUACUCCUACAUGGGGGCCCAAGUUUGUUGUGGGGACAAGCUGUACGAUGGUUACAACCAGCAGUGUUGUGGAGGAGAGGUAAUAUCCAAUCACAUGGCCUGUUGUGGCGACGCACAGGAGGGGAGCGCCUUCACCGCUCGCCCUGGCAUGGAGUGUUGUGGGAUGAGCUACGUCAUAAUGAACCGGACCCUGUGCUGUACCAGUGAUACUGGCCAUUCUAAGGUUCACAUGUACAAAGAUGAAGAUGCCAAGCUAUCAGCCAAUGAGAAGUGUUGUGGAAUGGAGACAAUUUCAAACAACUUAGACUGUUGUAACUUUGUGGGCUACAACCCACUGACAUAUGUCUGCGCUGACUCAUCCAAUCAGGAGCCAGGUUGCGGACAAGGAACAAUUUGUCCACUGUCUGUCCAGGACUUUGCCUUCUGUGACAUCUGUAAUUUUGACAAAGGCUCUGAGAUUUGUGGGUCAGUCCGAGGCCAUCAUGGAAACAACCCGUCUCCAAACCCGACCCCUGACCCCACAGCUGACUGUAUAGCAACAGAGGAGAGAAUAUAUUCAGGCAUGGAAAUGACUUACACAGAUGAUGUGCUGACCCCAUACUCCACUUAUGGCUAUGCAUUUGCGGCGGUCAAUAGUGCUGGAGGCUCCACCAGUAGCUAUACUAAGGUCAUGACCUUACAGGCCCCUCCAGACAAGGUCAACCCUCCUAAGGUCAACAUUGACCCCUCACAGCUUUAUGUGAUUGACCUCAUCUGGAAAUUGCCACAAAAACCAAAUGGUGUGAUUACGAGGUACAUCCUAACACGUGACGGGAUAGAGCUGUACCGUGGUCUGGCCCAACAGUAUACAGACGACACAACUGUACUACCCUACAGGUCCUACACCUACAUCCUUACAGCCUGUAACACUGCAGGUUGUACAGCCAGUGACAAGGUUACUGUAGCAACAGCGGAAGGGAAGCCAGAGGAUGUUCUGCCUCCUAGUGUCAAUGUGCUAAGUUCUGCCUCACUUGAGGUCUCCUGGUCGCCUCCAGUCAAACCAAACGGUAUUAUAUCACACUACACAGUCACGUUUGAGAUGGAGAAUGGCUUCACCUGGUCUAAUACCACCAUGGGAGUUUCCCUGACCAUCACAGGUUUAACACCAUACACUCAGUACAGCGUGACCCUAGAGGUGUGCACCAAGGGAGGCUGUACUGUCAGCCCUACCGUCCUUUCACGCACUCUCGAGGAUCUACCAAAGGGCGUCAUACCUCCUCGAGUAGUUGUACUAAGUUCCAAGUCAACGCUUGUCUUCUGGAACCCUCCAAGAAACGCCUAUGGCAUAAUAAAAUUCUACUCCAUACUGAGAAGAUGGGCCACAGGGGCCAUGUACAUCUACUUUGGUCCAGGACUGUUUACGACUGACAACUUCCUGAUGCCAGGAGAGACCUACGACUACUUCCUCAUCACCGGAAAUAAUGCUGGUAACACUAGCAGCCACCCAAGAACAUUAACUAUGCCACCAACAGCCUUAGUCAACGUUCCAGCUGCAAGGGAGGUAACUGUGCUUAGUGCCACAAGUGUUUAUAUAGCCUGGGAUGCCAUUGUGUCGGGACAGAUUCCAAUUGAUCAGUACAGGGUCCUUCUAAAUGCUGGUCAGGACUCAGAGGUAGAUAAGGGAGUUGGUCUUGACUUGUCUACUACAGUGACUGGACUGAAGCCAAAUUUUGAAUACUCGGUGCGUGUGACUGCUUGUCUAGAGGGUGUAUCCAAUGGUUGUGCCACAGGGCCAGGAGUGAUAGCGCACACUCUGGAGGCGCCCCCUGAGAACCUGGCUCCUCCGCGUGUCAAGGCCACUGCCCCAAAUGUAGUGGAUGUGUCCUGGACCUCGCCUCAACAACCAAAUGGUGUUAUCACACAGUACCUUAUAUACUACAGAGAGGCUGGGUCAACAGUGGACCUCCUCAUCAACAGGGUCAUGGGUGAUGUGAUGUCUAUUAGACACGCAGGUCAGGACCUCGAGCCCUACACCACCUACGAGUACAAGGUGGUGGCCGGAAACUCUCAGGGAGAUGUGUCCAGCACCUGGACAAUGGUGCGAACGUUAGAGAGUACCCCCGCUGGACUGACAAAGCCGUUCAUCAACUCUACUGGAGCCUUUAGCUUCCAUAUAUCCUGGCAGCCCCCUGCUUAUCCUAAUGGGGUCAUCACCAUGUACACCAUACACUACCGCAUCCUCACCAAUGACCCUACACAGGAGGCACCACUUCAGAUGGUCCAGGUGUCGGAAAACACCCUGACAACGUCAGUCAGUGGACUCGAGCCAUUCUCUAACUAUCAUGUCCACAUAACAGCAUACAACAACGUAGGGAACACCUCCUCAGACAAGGUACUGGUACAGACCGCCCAGUCCUCACCGUCAGGACUGGCAGCAUUUGUGGUGGAGAAGAUCAGUACAGGAACAUCUGUCAUACUGAAAUGGGAUGUCCCAGGGAAACCCAAUGGAGUCAUAUCCAUCUACAACAUUUAUGAGGUAGGCUCUGCAAUUGCCUUAUACAAAGGUCUUAACAGAGAGUUUGAAUUCCGUCGACUUCAGCCCUAUACUGACUACCAUGUUCAAAUGGAGGCAUGCACAGUGGCAGGGUGUACCAGGGGGCCAGUCUACACCUUCGUUACCGCGGAGACCCCCCCUGCUGACCAGUCCUCACCUACCAUAGGAAACGUCACCUCCUCUCGGGUGGUUAUAACAUGGACAAAACCAGUCAGGCCUAAUGGUAUGAUAUCCAUGUAUGAGGUUUUGCGACGGUCACAGACUCGAGUGGUACGGAGAAGUCUGUCGGCCCCUGAAGUGGUGUAUACAACGACAAACGUGGAUCAGGACAGCUAUCAGUAUGUUGACAUGGACCUGGAUGCCUUUUCAGAGUUCCAAUACAGCAUCCGCUCCAGUAACUCCAAGGGAUUUAUCCAGAGUCCCUGGACUUCAGUGUUCACUUCACAGGCUGCGCCUGAGUGGUUAGCCCCACCCACAGUCUCAUUUAUUAGUGGUCACCAGGACAGUUUAAACAUCAAGUGGGUACCGUCGUCCCAGCCGAACGGGAUCCUGCAGAGUUAUCAACUACAAAGGAAUAACAGUGUGCCUCUCAGCUUCACCAUCCAUGACCCAAUGGAGUUCAAUGACACCGGCCUGCUGGCCUACACCUGGUACAGCUACAAAGUCACAGCGUGUACGGCAGGGGGCUGCACUACUAGUGACCCCACUCACUUCCGCACCAAAGAAACGGCACCCCUACUGGUCUCACCACCCUCCAUCAACACAUGGAACUCCACUACACUAAGGCUGGAGUGGCAGAGUCCCCUCACUACUAAUGGCAAGAUUAGUCUGUUUAACCUUAAAAUGGACAAUGCUGUGAUAUAUUCCGGAAUAGCCACUGUUUACAUUCAGACAGGACUAACACCUUACACAGAGUAUUCUUUUGUACUAACAGCAUGUACAACUGGAGGAUGCACUGACAGUGGAGAGGUCAAAGGUCGACCUGAUGAUGACAUACCUUUAGGAUUGAAUGCCCCAAUACUUAAUGUCAUAAGUUCCAAAUCCAUAGAGGUCACAUGGGGACCUCCACAAUACCCCAAUGGUAUUAUCAGCUCCUACGACCUGAGGAGGGAUGGGGAGCUGAUCUAUACGGAGAGCAUCAGUGUGACAGGAUCACUGAGGACCAGCUAUGUAGACUACAACCUGGAGCCUGGUACGGAGUACUCCUACAUCAUCAUCGCCCGCAACAGAAAGGGCAGCGUAGAUAGCUUGGCCUCUAUAGCAACCACAUAUUCUGCCUCACCAAGUGGCCUUGAUCCACCAGUCUUGAGGGCUCUCUCAUCAACUUCUGUCCAGGUUACAUGGCAACCACCUGUACAACCAAACGGACCAAUCAGAAACUAUACAGUGUUUGAAAACAACAAUGUAGUUUUCUCCGCUGGGCCAGAAAUCCUCAGCUACAUUGUGCCAGGCUUAGAAUUUUGGACGGAGUACUCAUUCCGAGUGAAGGCUUGUACUGAACGGGGCUGUGAGCUGAGUGGCAUGACGACCGUCAGCACUCUUGAGGCUCCACCUGAGGAACAGAAGCCCCCGAAGCUGCUGGCUCUGGCAGACCAAGACGGGGCCCAUGCAGGGGUACUCAUUACCUGGGAGCCCCCACUGAAGCCUAACGGUAUUGUUGUAUCGUAUGAAGUAUACAGGCGACAGGUCAUCAGUGAGUUAACAGGUACCUCAUACGGUAAGAUAGCUUUGGUGUACAACUCCAGCCUGCUACGGUACUCUGACCUCGCUGACACCCUGUCAGCCUUCACAGACUACCAGUACAUGGUCACUGCGGUCAACCGUGCAGGCAAGGUUAGCAGUGUGUGGGCAGUGGCUACCACCAAGGAAGGGCCACCACAAGGUCUCGGCCCACCAAUUAUAAAUUCCACCACGGCUACCAGUAUAACAAUGACGAUCAUCCCCCCUACACAACCUAAUGGAGUUAUCCGCCACUACACAGUGCUAGUCAAUGGUACUUUGGGGAGCAGUGGUCAGCGGCUGACUCAGACUGUAGGAGAAAACAUGGCCUUGAUGCCCUUCACUGUUUAUGCCUUACAAUCCCAGGCCUGUACUGGAGGAGGCUGUGCCACCAGUGGGACAGCCAUAGCCAAGACAGGAGCCGCUAAACCCACAGGACUGGAGCCCAUCAGAGUGGUGGAUACCAACAGUUCAACCAUCAGACUUGGCUGGUCUUACCCAACCAGUCCUAAUGGGGCCAUUGUCAGGUUCCUGAUCUACCAGCGGAGGGCAUGUCCUCCAACAAAUCAGCCCUUUCCUCAGACGUGUGUGGUUGGCGACCCCUCGAUUGCCUUCGAUGGUCUAGCCAUAGAGAGGGCCAUAGUGAGCCUACUGCCUUACACAGCUUACGAGUUCCAGAUACAAGCAGAGAACGAGGCUGGCUACGUGGACUUCCCUACCUGGGUUUGGGCAGAAACAAGGCCUGCAGCCCCACAGUAUGUGAAGUUUCCGCUACUCUACAUGAACGGUACAACAGCAGUGUUUGAUUGGCUGCUUAGUUUUAACCUCCAGGGGGAGCUACGUGAGUUCAUCCUGCUUGUGGACGGCCGCGUUGUGUUCCGUGGGGUCAGCUUCCUGCACCAACUCCCAAACAUUGAGCAGGACAAAACAAUGGAGUUUGCGAUUGCAGCCAUUACAGAGACUGGACAGGUGGAAUCACCAGCAAUCAUCUUUGAUCCAAAUGCUAUUGAUAACAUUGGCACCACCCCUAAACCUACCUCAGGCCCUGUACUCCUCGUCCAGAAAAUGUUCUACCAAGAGGUCUGGUUCAUCGUCCUCCUUGUACUCAUCACUGUCCUCCUCAUCUUUAUCAUCAUUGCCCUCUGUCUCCGUCACAUCCAUGGACGCCGUCCCUACAUCCGUGAGCGCACACCACUUCGUCCACGGCACAGGAAGGGGUCACAACCAUUCACGUUCAGCAGUAGCGAUGACAGUAUAUUUGAAACAGAAAUGUCUGGUAGACCUUAUCAUACUAGUAAGCCAGGUCACAUGUUUAGCUCCCGAGGGGAGGGAGUAACCAAUCCUGCAUUCAGUAACAGACGAAUGAUGCAUCUUGACUCGAGUCCAGAAUCUUCUUCAUCCCGGUCAAAGUAUGAGGAUGAUUUUGAUGAUGUGUUGGAUGAUGAUGACAUAGAUUAUCUCUGGAAGAAGGGAAGAGAAAGCACUCUGUUUGGUGAGGAAGAUGAUGACAGUGGGGAACUACCAGCCUAUAGUAUUACAAAGGAACAGACAGUGUUUACAGAUACCCACCUAUAACCUCAUCCUUGUCAUAGAGAUUUAUACGGGGCACAUUUACUUUGAUACUGUGUGUCCAGUGCCAUAUCCCCGACGUCAUCCCCGGACUGUCACCAACCUGCCUUGUCAUUGUGAUUUGUAGAUGGCCAGCUAACAGAUACUGUAUGUGCCCUGCCAUUUUCCCAGGCAGAAAGCCUGAUUCCUUGAUACAAUGUGUAACUAUUCCCAGACUACUGUAGUAAUGAUCCUGUUCAGACGUGGUACUAGAAAGCGGGUGCCAUGGGCGGCAGGCUACCACUUCAACUUUAGGAGUCUGUAAUCUUUGCAGUCAUGUACAUGCAAGGAGGAAUAUCACUCUAUUAAAUUCUGUCUAUUUUAAAUCAUUCAUAUGGAUACAAUUUUGCUUUCUACUAGAAAUGAAGUUGUGCCUUAACUUCAUACAUAUGUAGAUUCCAUUUAUGAUGUGCAAUAGACACUACACAGUUUGAACUUGUGCAAAUUUAAAUUGUAUUUAUUUAAACACUCUAGACAGUGAAGCCCACAUGUCUUAUUUGAUCAAAGCAAUUUUGCCAAUUGUAAUGGAGACUUCAUACAUUUAAGUGAACAAAUGUAUCAUACCUUUCAAGAUGACCCACCGUAGCUAUCAAACUUGCCAAGCUGAUCUGUACUAAUGGUGACCCAACAUACUUACAUACCUGUAAAGGUGACCCAAUAUACCUACAUACCUGUAAAGGUGACCCAAUAUACCUACAUACCUGUAAUGGUAACCCAACACACCUACAUACCUGUAAAGGUGACCCAACAUACCUACAUAGCUGUAAAGGUGAUCCAGCAUACCUACAUACCUGUAAAGGUGAUCCAACAUACCUACAUACCUGUAAAGGUGACCCAAUAUACCAACAUACCUGUAAAAGUGACCCAAUAUACCUACAUACCUGUUAAGGUGACCCAAUAUACCUACAUACCUGUAACAGCAACCCAACACACCUACAUAGCUGUAAUGGUAACCCAACACACCUACAUAGCUGUAAGGUGACCCAACAUAACUACAUACCUGUAAAGGUGACCUAACAUACCUACAUACCUGUUAUCGUGACCCGACAUACCUAUAAAGGUGACCCAAUAUACCUACAUACCUGUAACGGUAACCCAACACACCUACAUACCUGUAAAGGUGACCCAACAUACCUACGUACCUGUAAAAGUGACCCAAUAUACCUACAUACCUGUAAAGGUGACCCAAUAUACCUACAUACAUGUAACAGUAACCCAACACACCUACAUACCUGUAAUGGUAACCCAACAUACCUACAUAGCUGUUAAGGUGACCCAACAUACCUACAUACCUGUAAUGGUAACCCAACACACCUACAUACCUGUAAUGGUAACCCAACACACCUACAUAGCUGUUAAGGUGACCCAACAUACCUACAUACCUGUAAACGUGACCUAACAUACCUAUAAAGGUAACCCAACAUAACUACAUACCUGUAAAGGUGACCUAACAUACCUACAUACCUGUUAUCGUGACCCGACAUAUCUAUAAAGGUGACCCGACAUACCUAUAAAGGUGACCCAACAUUUCUGAAAAAGGUCAGAAUCAACAUUACCCAUAAAAGUGUCACAACUUACCUGUAAAUGUGACCCAACAUACCUGUAAAUGUGACACAACAUACCUGUAAAUGUGACACAACAUACUUGUAAAUGUGACACAACAUACCUGUAAAUGUGACACAACACACCUGUAAAUGUGACACAACAUACCUAUAAAGGUGACCAAACUUACCUGUAAAUGUGACCCAACGUACCUGUAAAUGUGACACAACAUACCUGUAAAUGUGACACAACAUACCUGUAAAUGUGACACAACAUACCUGUAAAUGUGACACAACAUACCUGUAAAUGUGACACAACAUACCUAUAAAGGUGACCAAACUUACCUGUAAAGGUCAGAGUCCAAAAUUACCCAUUAAAGUGACUCAAGAUACCUAUAAAGGUGAGAAACAUACCUGUUAAGGUUACCCAGCAUACCUGUAAAUGUCAGUUUUCCAAUUACCUGUAAAAGUCUCUAAAUUGUAUUUGAUGCAAUGGUAAUUUCUUAUACUGUAUUAAUUUGGAUAAUUUAUCUCAUAUCUGUGUUAAGCUAUCUAAUGUAUAACAACAACCAUGAUGUGAUGUAGAUUAUCUUUUAUCUAUUGAAUUGAUUGUUAAUGUGACAGUGACUUCACAAUGAAAAUGAUUGAAUGACAUCAUAUUAAACCUGUAUGUGUGGAGAUACAAAGUAAUCACUGACAGGGGUAUACGUACACCACCUUAUCAUAUCUAAUAAUAUGCCCAGUCAACUUACCAACUUCUCUGGUCGUUUGAACACCUAGAACCUCAAGUAUUUUGUAUCAAUCAAUACUGGUCCUUUUUGAACAGCCUGUGUCUCAGUUGUUUUGUAUAUUAUCCAGUUAUUGUCCACUCACCUUUACAUGGGUCAAAGAAGUGAAAAUCUUUUGGAAGUUCAACAGUUUAAUUUGAUGGUAGCAAACUUUUUUGAUUUUAUUGAAGAAUGUUAUUCUGAUAUUGCUGAAAGAUUGUAUUGAUAAUACUGAAUGAAUUGCAACCACACCAGAAUAAUUCAAUGUUGUUCAAUUUGUUGUAUGAACCAGGUGGUAGUGCACUAGUUGUUUUUAGCUCACCAGGCCCAACGGGCUAAUUGAGCCUAUCCCAUGGCAUGGCACCCGUUGUCAACCUUUCCUUCAAAAGACAAUUACUCAAGAACAGCUGAAGGGAUUUUGACUAAAGGUGUGGAGCAUUCUGGGCACAAAAGGGGAAAUGUGGGUUAAUCUUUAAACACUAUUCCUGAAGUAUGGGUAUCAGGAUUUUUACCUUAUCAGGGUGUAAUUCAUGACCAAGGGAGUUCAAUGUUUAAUAAAGGGGAACACUUUCAUUGCAGUUGUCCCAAAGGUGAAAUAAGGACUCAUUGGUCAGAUUAUUUCUAAAGCUUAUGUGAAAGAUUAAUUGGCAUGGAGUAUCCUUAGGUCAAAGAAUUUCAGCACUGUAUAAAUGAAGGAUACUGCCCCUCUUGGCGUGGAGUAGCAAAGCAGUAGAUUAAACUACUUCAUAGAAGUGAAUGAAAUGAAAUCAAUAUGAAUGAAGGGUGUGACAAAGUACUAUCGUAUUUUGGCCAUAUCACAAUCAAAGAUGCUCAUUCUCAACUUCCCAUCAAGCUAAUGGUAACCAAACUUGGUGUGAAUAAUGUGCUGAUGGUCCUGACCAGGUUCCAUUAAAUUUUUCAUUAAUUUGGAAUCAGAACUAUUCUAUGAUUUGCUGAUACAUUUGCUAUAAAUCAUCAAUUCCAUGAGAUCAAUUUGAACCAAACAUCAUACCAUGUACCUGUCAUUACUUUUAUUAUGGUGGUUUUUUUUUUAAUUCUUUGGGUCAAUAACAAAUCUGAAAUGGCUAAGUAAAUUUCAACUUCACUUAUUUAGUUGAACAAAAGAAACAGAUGAGGGUUACAGGCCUUUUAUAUUUUAUCACACCAACGUUUUAACACAUCAUUUAUGUACAUAUAUGUAUACUGGUCACAGUAAGUUUUACUCCUGGCAAUCAGAAAUGACAAUACAAUCAAUUUUAAUUGUUGAGGCAAAAUAUCUAUAACAUUUACUGUGAUUUCACAUAUAUCAUCGAAAGUUGUAUUUAUAAUGAUUAUUAUAAUAGUAGAUUUUUAUAUCUAAAUAAACUUGUUUUUGUUUAUGUAGAUUUUAUGUGCAUGGCUAAUGACUACAAAGGGAGAUAAUAAAACAUGAGAAGUUAAGAAAAUUCUGAUAUGUUAUGAAGAUUUGAAAUAUUUGAUAUUUUCUUCAACAGUAUAUACUUGUCUUUGUACAGAAGAUUGAAUCACAAAUGACCUGUGAUUGGUUUUAAUGUACACAGUAAUCUUUAAUAUACACAACCCUGAACAUUUCUUUGUCAAAAUGUGCAAUAUUAGUUUUAAUGAAUAUUCUAUGUAUAAACCACA